UGGAAGAGGAGGAGCAGGAGGAAGAGGAGGGACAAAGGCGGAUCAAGGCUGAGCAGACAGAACCACGCAGUUGAGCCCUGCCUGAAGUUGCAGCCCCCACCUGCGGGAUAAUCACCCCCCACAUUGCGCAGGAUUUCCCAUUGCCAACCCCCGGGAGGUUGCGAAGAAGAGGAAGAUGCCCCGGGACACUGAGGCAGAGCAGGAGCUGAGCAUGGAGAGCAGGGAGGACAAAUGCCUGCGGCAGAACCUGGUGCAAGAGGCCGUUUUGAGCGGCUCCACGGUGCAGGAAGCCAACGGGGAGGAAAAGCCCUGGAGAUGCCGCACGAGGAGGGGCUGCAAACGCAGCUGGCGGGGAUCUGAGGGGGAAAGAGCCAGCCAGGGCUGGGAAGGCAGCCGGAGAUGGAGCCAGAGCUCGGAGCUGGUGCUUCAUGAGCAGCUCCAUGAUGGGGAGAAGCCUCACACGUGCGUGGAGUGUGGGAGGAGCUUCAGCCUGAGGUCCAACCUGAUCAGGCACCAGAGGACCCACACUGGGAAGAGGCCCUACGAGUGUGGGGAGUGUGGGAAGAGCUUCAGCCUGAGCUCUCACCUGCUCCGCCACCAAAAGCUCCACACUGCGUAACGGCCCUACGAGUGUUCCAAGUGUGGGAAGGGGUUUCGAAUCAAGUCAGAUAUCCUCCACUACUAUCGGAUUCACAGAGAGGAGAGGCCCUUCCAGUGUCCCAACUGCGGGACGAGAUUCAAGCACAACUCCAUCCUCGUCACCCACCGGCACAUCCACACUGGCAAGAGGCCCUACAAGUGUCCCCAGUGUGGGAAGAGCUUGUCAAGCAGCUCUCACUUGACCCAACACCAACAAAGGCACCGGUAAAGGAAGCCCUGCGAGUGCCCUGAGUGCAGGAGGAGCUUCGUGCGCUGCUCCAGCUCCAUCCCCCACUGGAGGAGGCACUUUGGGCACAGCCCUAGUCACUCACAUUCCCUGUGAUCCAUGUUGGGAACACACCUGGCUGCUUGUCUAUUCAUUUGGCCUUAAUUUUUUUCUCUUCUCCAUCUCUCUGUACUCCAAAAGCCAAUAUGGAUACAUCUGUCACCUCAAAACCACACAAGUCCCACUGAAAGUAACUUUUAACCCAAUUUUUUUAACCCAAAAGGGCUCAAUCCUACCUUAAAUUGCUUGUUCCCUCCUCAAAAAUCUCAGUCCCAGGCCAAACUCACUCAAUUCCCCAUCUCACCAGGAUCAGAUGGAGUUGGGAGGAGAUUGGGAGAAGUGGGAUCCCAAUGUCAAGCAAUGGGAUGGGAAUUGUGUGGGGCUGGCUGAGUGGGAUGUAUAUGAUAGCAAAUAAAACUUUCAGAGUUAAUCAAUUGUGUCCCAUUAAUUUUCAGUCAGUUCUGUUUGCAGAGUGCCACCUUCUCAGCUGAUUCAAUUACUAUAAAAAUCCCAUUUUUAAAAUCAUCUAACCCAAACAAUCCAGAAACCAAUAUCCAAAUAAAACCACCCACACACAAU